AUGGGCGCGCUCUGCUGCAAACCCGAGGUCAUCGACUUCGACGGCCCCGUCGACCUCUACCACUUCUACCUUCUCCGCGCCGUCGGCAAAGGCGCCUUCGGCAAAGUGCGCGUCGUCCAGCACAAGCAGACAAAAGACCUCUACGCGCUCAAGUACAUCAACAAGGCCAAGUGCAUCAAGAUGCGUGCCGUCUCCAACAUCAUCCAGGAACGACGCCUGCUCGAAGAGAUCGACUCGCCGUUUGUGUGUAAUUUGCGCUAUGCGUUUCAGGACGACGAAAACAUGUUCAUGGUGCUCGACCUGAUGCUCGGUGGCGAUCUGCGGUUUCACCUGGAUCGGACGGGGAAUAUGAGCGAAGAGGUGGUCAGGUUUUAUGUAGCGGAGUUGGCGUUGGGGCUGGACUAUCUGCAUCGGCUGCAGAUCGUACAUCGGGAUCUGAAGCCGGACAACGUGUUGUUGGAUGAGAAGGGACAUGCGCAUCUGACGGACUUCAAUAUUGCGGUUCACUUUUCACCCAGAAGGCCACUGACGAGUAUUGCGGGGUCGAUGGCGUACAUGGCUCCCGAAGUGUUGACCAAGCGAGGAUAUUUGUCGUCCGUCGACUGGUGGUCGUUGGGAGUGGUAGCGUACGAACUGCUCUUCGGUCGUCGCCCUUUCCGCGGGAAAACCAACUCCGCGCUGACGCACUCGAUCCUCAACGACCGCUGCACCUUCCCCGAAAACGUCGAGACCAUCGUCAGCCGCGAAACGGUGAGCUGCAUCAAGAGCCUGCUGGAACGCGAUCCGCGCAAACGCCUCGGCUGUCGAAGCGGCAUCGACGAGUUCAAGGCGCACCCGUGGUUCGCGGGGAUGGACUGGGCGGCGAUGGAGGCCAAGACGGUGACGCCGCCGUUCGAGCCCGAUUCGAAAAAGGCGAAUUUCGACGCCACGCACGAGCUCGAGGAGCUGCUGCUGGAGGAUAACCCGUUGAAGGCCAAGAAGAGGAGCGGCAAUGCGGAUCUCGACAGCCUGCCCGUAGAGAUGAGGCAGAUGGAGGAACACUUUUUGCCGUUCGACCAUCUCAAGCAGAGGAGGAAGAGCUACUUCCGAGGGACGAGGAGUGGCGUCCCAGCAACUCAGGCGACAGCCGCAGCAACAGCAUCGCCAGCGACAGCAGCCGGUGCGAGCACCGCUGGAGCAACAACAGCACCGUCAGCAGAGCAGGACAGAGUCUCACAGGUAUCCAGCAUGACGCACACGCUGCAAGAUCAACCGCUCUCCGAGACCGCACAACCAGGCACGGAGGUGGGGCGAUUGACGCCGAUCCCGAGCGAGUUGAGGAGGUCUGCGUCGCCGAGCGGGUCGGGCAGUGGAUCCGGGUAUGGUGUGGAGAGGUAUAGCGAGAAGGAUCAGUUGACGGUUCCUGGGGUAGUGGGUGGGCCGAGUGCGCGGCAGUCUUCUCCGUUGCAGCAGCAAUUUGGGGUCAGCGGAGGGGAGGAGUUUCAGAUGGAGAGCACAAGAGGGGAGCCCAGGUAUGCGAGGGGAGAGUAUGACGAGAAGUCGGGAUUGUAG